UUUUUACCUCCUUCCAGUGAUAUGGCAAUACAUAAUAAUCCAGAGAUGGACUUAUCCUAUCCAGAGUCAAAAUCAAGCUCAGAAAGAAUUAUUACAAAGGCCAAAAUUAAAGAAAGAGGCCAGUGGUCAUGUAAAGUUGAAUUUCUCCUGGCUGUUGCUGGGCAACUCAUUGGACUAGGAAAUAUGUGGAGGUUCCCUUACUUGUGCUACAAGAAUGGAGGUGGAGUGUUUUUAAUACCAUAUUUGGUCUUCCUGUUUGCCUGUGGCAUUCCACUGUUUCUCCUGGAGAUAUCACUGGGUCAGUACACCAGUCAGGGCAGCAUCACAUGCUGGAGGAAAAUCUGCCCUUUGUUUCAAGGAAUAGGCUAUGGAAAUGUAGUGCUCCUGUUGUAUUGCAACAUCUACUACAUUAUCAUUAUGGCCUGGGCAUUCUUCUAUCUCUUUUCCUCUUUUAGUAUUGAGUUACCAUGGGCUAACUGCAGCAAUACCUGGAAUACUGAAACCUGUUUUGAUUUUGAUAAAAAGGACAAUUUUAGCUACUCUAAUAUACCAGAGAAUGCAACUUCACCUGUUAAAGAGUUCUGGGAGAGGAGAGUGCUAAAUCUCACUAGCAAUGUGUAUGAGCUGGGCAGUGUGAGGUGGGAGCUGGCUCUAUGUCUCCUAUUGUCUUGGAUCAUCUGCUACUUCUGUGUGUGGAAGGGAGUAAAAUCAACAGGCAAGGUGGUCUAUUUCACUGCUACUUUUCCUUAUGUGAUGUUGGUGGUGUUGUUGGUGCGUGGACUCACAUUGCCUGGGGCCACUGAUGGCAUCAAAUUUUACCUCUAUCCAGAUCCCGCACAACUCAAAGACCCACAGGUGUGGAUGGAUGCUGGAACGCAGAUUUUCAUGUCUUAUAGUCUCUGCACAGGCUCCCUUAUUGCUCUAGGAAGCUACAACAAGUACAACAACAACUGCUACAAGGACUGUGUUUAUCUGUGCCUGUUGAACAGUGGGACCAGUUUUGUAGCUGGCUUUGCAAUCUUCUCUGUGCUGGGCUUCAUGGCCUAUGAGCAGGAGACAGACAUCUCAACAGUGGCAGAGUCAGGUCCAGGGUUGGCCUUCAUUGCAUACCCCAGGGCAGUUGCAAUGAUGCCUGUUCCACAUCUUUGGGCCAUUUGUUUCUUUCUUAUGAUUAUUCUGCUAGGACUGGACAGCAUCUUUGUGUGUUUGGAGUCAUUGACAACUGCUGUAACUGACAUGUACCCCUCAUUCUUCCUCUUCGGUCAUCGCCGUGAAGGAUUCCUGCUCAUUAUUUGUGUGGGGUGUUUCCUGUGUGGCCUGGUUAUGGUAACAGAGGGUGGCUUGUAUAUUUUCCAGCUGUUUGAUUACUAUAGCUACAGUGGGAUGACACUUCUGUUAUUUGCCAUUCUGCAGUCAGUGAGUAUAGGAUGGGUAUAUGGGGCUAAUCGCCUAUAUGAUAACAUUGGAGACAUGAUUGGUUAUCAACCAUUGUUCUUAAUAAAGUACUGCUGGAAAUACAUCACUCCUCUUGUCUGCACUGGUACAUUUGUCUUCUCUCUGGUCAAAUUCACUCCUCUGAAAUUUAACAAUAUAAUGGAAUACCCCUGGUGGUGCUAUGCUAUUGGCUGGUACUUCACACUCUCUUCAACUCUGUUGGUUCCACUUUGGAUGAUCUAUGCUCUCCUCACCUCCAGUGGCUCGUUUAGACAGAGAUUACAUGUUCUCUGCACCCCAGAAAGAAAAGUUCCUCUGAACUCAAGCAGAAGGAAAAACUGUUCAAAUUUGAUUGGCUUUACAGUUGUACCACAAGGGGGAGAACAUCCUUGAAGCAAAAUCAUGGUGUUUGUUUUGGGGUACAUGUACAAUAUGAAUUGUAACUUAACUUCUGAACAUGACAAUCCCAUGCUGUAAUUUAUUAAGCAGUUUUCUGCAAAAAGUGUGCGUUAAUCCAGGAUAUUAGAGUGUUUCAAUUACUCAGUGUAUCUUACUGCAAGACCAGGUGCACCCCCUGGCUGUAAUCUGAAGAACUCAAGCAGCAGUGUGAGAGAAAUUUCAAAAUUUCAGCUUUACUUUAUAUUUAAAUCUAGACUUGUUAAACAAUUUAGAACAUGGCACAUUUUAUUUGAACCCACCGUUUUUUGUCUGAUCAAAGAUAUUGGAACAGAAAAAUAUUGUAGCUGAUAGAUGUU